GCGCGGGGCCGGGCGGGGGGCGCGGCGGCGGCGGCGGUGCGGGAUGCGCGGCCCCCGAUGGGAUGUAGCGGGCGGCUGCUGGGACCCGCCGGGGGCCGCCGCGCCUCGCUGCUCCUCACCAUGAUCCUCUUCUUCACCUACUUCUUCUCCUGCCUGCCCGGGCCCUGCGAGCCGCUGCCGCCCGCGCUGCUGCCGCCGCCGCCCGCCGCGCUGCCCGCGGGCCCGGGGGAGGCGCCGGGGGGCUCGGGGGGCUCGGGGGGCGGCAGCCGCCGCUUCCCCCAGGCCAUCAUCGUGGGCGUGAAGAAGGGCGGGACGCGGGCGCUGCUCGAGUUCCUGCGGGCGCACCCCGGGGUGCGGGCGGUGGGCGCCGAACCCCAUUUCUUCGACAGGUGCUACGAGAAGGGGCUGCGCUGGUACAGGAGCCUGAUGCCACGGACCCUGGAGGGCCAGAUCACCAUGGAGAAGACCCCCAGCUACUUUGUGACCAAGGAGGCCCCGCGGCGCAUCCACAACAUGUCGCGGGACACGAAGCUGAUCGUGGUGGUGAGGAACCCGGUGACCCGCGCCAUCUCGGACUACACGCAGACCCUCUCCAAAAACCCCUCCAUCCCCAGCUUCCAGGCCCUGGCCUUCAAAAACCUCAGCACGGGACUGAUCGACACGAGCUGGAGCGCGGUGAGGAUCGGCAUCUACGCCAAGCACCUGGAGAACUGGCUGCAGUUCUUCCCGCUCUCCAAGUUCCUCUUCGUCAGCGGGGAGAGGCUGGUCAGCGACCCUGCCGGGGAGAUGGGCCGUGUCCAGGACUUCCUGGGGCUCCAGAGGCUGGUGACGGACAGGCAUUUCUACUUUAACCAGACCAAGGGCUUUCCCUGCCUGAAGAAGCCGGAGGGGGGGAGCAAACCCCGCUGCCUGGGGAAAUCCAAGGGCAGGCCGCACCCCAGAAUCGACGGGCAGGUGGUGCAGCGCCUGCGGGAGUUCUACAGACCCUUCAACAUGAAGUUCUACCAGAUGACAGGGCAGGAUUUUGGGUGGGACUGAGCCCAUCCCCAGGGCACGCUGCCGGGCUGGCACCUGGGCUGCCAGGACUGUGGCCCAGGGAUGCCCGUGGUCAUCACGGUCCAGGGAUGCCCAUGGUCACUGUGGUCCAGGCAUGCCCGUGGUAAUCACGGUCCAGGGAUGCCCGUGAUCAUCAUGAUCCAGGUUUGCCUGUGGUCAAUGUGGUCAAGGGAUGCUCAUGGUCACUGUGGCCCAGGGAUGCCCGUGGUCAUCAUCAUCCAGGUUUGCUCAUGGUCAAUGUGGUCAAGGGAUGCCCGUGGUCACUGUGGCCCAGGGAUGCCUGUGGUCAUUGUGGUCAAGGGAUGCCCGUGGUCACUGUGGCCCAGGGACGCCCACGGCCACCCCACCAGCACCCUCCUCCCUUUGUUCUAAUUUAUAUCGGACCUUUUCUGGCAAGAAACGGACUUUUCUGGAGUAGAGAGAACUAUUUAAUAAAACCUCAGCUGAGCCCUCUCCC